AAGCCUAACAUACAAAUCUAGGGUUCUCCAUACCCAGAUGAAUGGGAGAACUACUCCAUGGAGAAAGAAGCAAAAGCAGAAUCAGACGCGGAAUUCAUACUGUGAAGGAUGGAUUCCUGCUCCUGGACGUUGAUCGGCACUUCUCCAAACUCAAACUGGCCUCCAAUGGUGAUGAAGAUCAAGCUAGGGCACUUGGAGACUCUUGUUCGUCGCUUUCUCUCUCUAGGAAUCGCUCUGUCUCUCUAAAACUCGAAUCCCCUUCUGUUUGGCUGAAAAUCUGCUUAAAAGGGCAUCAGUGGCCAAAGCACGGUCGAGGGCACGGCCGUGUAAUGCCUCAGCCCGCCCGUGCUUUGGCUAGGGUUAAUUACACGGCCAAUGUGUUGGGAGAAACACGGCCGUGCUUUGGAGAGGACACGACCGUGCUUUGGUUGACACGGCCGUGCUUUCAGCCCGUGUAAUCAGCUCAUGUUUGCCAAACUCGAAUUAGAUCUCGGCAGUAAAAGCACGGCCACAGAACACGGCCGUGUUCUGUUUUAGGUGUGCCCGUGUUUUGGCCCCAGCUCGACGAAAUGACUUUCGAAUGCCCCGAAACUCGUGCUUAGCCUUUUCUUUGACGCCUGGGACCUGAAAUAUGACAAAAUAGCACAACCGGGCGUAAAAUAGGCCAAAAAUACACGACUAUGCCCCUCAAACGGAUAAGAACUAGGGGCGCAAAUAUGUGCAAUUACAUCGUUAUCAGGUGGACAUAUGGAUUUCGGUCAGGGGAAUGCGGAGUUGCGGCAGCAAUGGGUUGUGAUUUUUCAAGAGAAUUUCGUGGGUAGUUUUCAUGGGGAUAAAGAUGAUAAUGAUGGGGGAAGUCUUCCCAUGUUGUUUCCAUGGACCAAGUCCCGCAGGAGAGGAAGUGUAUUUGUCUGGCCCACCGAUGGUCAAGCUGUGAAGGCGAGAGUCCCUUCCAACGUGAGGAAGAAACUUGGAGGUCGAACUGGGAGCUGGAAGUUUCGGAAGCGACGGGAGCCUCAACGUCACCGCAAGAGCUGCUGUUACUUUCGCCGUCGACCUCUGCGUCUCGGCAUUGACCGAACCUUGGAGACCAAGGUUCUUUGAGGGGGAAGGAUUGAUGAGGUUAUUUUACGUUUGGGCUUUUGGGUAUUUUCGGAUUGGGUUAUGGGUGUUUUUCCUUACGGUUUAAGUUUUCCUUUUGUGUUUGGGAAGGGGUAUUCGGGUAGGAUAAGGUCAAGUCUUAGGUUUUUCUAAGCCUAUAAAUAUGUACCUUUGAC